AUAUGACAGAAGUGUCUUGCACACAUGGCAGUAAACUUAGACAUGGACAAAUAUUGGAUAAACUUACAGUUGAUGAGCCAGUGUUCCAGAUUGCUUCUUCCAGCAUUCCUUCAAAACGAGGCUUGAUAUGUGCACGACAGAAACAUAAGUGUCUUCUUCUGGGUCACAAGACUAGACAUCCUAAACUGAAACAGAAAGAUCACAUAGAAAUUCCUGAUGAAGUGUUGUCCUCUGUGAGUUUUAGUCCCUUCAUAAAAAAUGAACUCCUGAUAUCUACCAACGAAGGCAGUGCUUACUUGUGGGACAUUCAAUCUGGUUCCAAGAAUCGUAUAUUGGUCAAGCCUCAAGAUUCAGAUUGUACAGACAAGUGGUCAUGCACAUACUUUGGUGGUCAUCCUCGGCAAGUUGUCCUGGCUGACAGUACAUCCUUGUCCAUGUUUGAUCACAGAUCUCACUUCAGCUGUAGAACAGAGCUGUUCUCACUGUCACCCAGUCUGACAAGCAAAGAGGAGCUUGUUGUGGCAGCAACAUCCCUUGGAUUUCCCUUGCAUGCAGUUGUCACUGAUUACGGCAUUUUUAUUAUUGAUCAAAGGUUCCCUUUAGCGCCAGCUUUCACAUUAAGCAGUAUUUUGUUGUAUUCUUUUUCUGCAGAGAAGUUGCUUGUUGUAGCAUCCCAGCAGCCACCUGAGGUGAUGUGUUUUCCUUUACACAGUUUGAGCACAGGCCCGGUCACCAGUUCUGUUCUUCCUUGGAAAGUUUCUCAAAUUGGGGACUUCAGUCAGAGCAUGCAUACAUCUUACACCUGUGACCUACUUAAAGCUGAAAAGAGGUUCGAGACAUCGCUGGCUGGGAUAGCUGUGACUAGCCAGCCAGGUGGCAAUGGCUUCACGGUUUAUCAGGUUGAUGGCUAUGGAGACGUCUUCUACCAACCUUAUGUCAGUAAUAACAGGGAAGACUGGUACAGUCUAGCGAGCUGCACUGAAGAAGAGAGACGGGCGGCAGCUGAGCAAGCAGAAACCUGGCUGAAAGCUUUCGACUCACAGGCAAAUACAAGAGAAUCCCAGAUCCCAUGUUUACCAGUGCAGAUAG